AAAAAAAAAGAAAAAUGCCAAAAUAGUACAAAGGAUUAUCAUCAUCACCACUUUCCUUCGCAGUUACGUCUCUAGCUAAGACACUGAAGUGUCUCAACAGAAACAAAAACAACACAUAUUAUGAACCCUAACUAGUUCCACCACACCACUAUUAACAUUAUUCUUCAUCACAAUCAAGAAUCCAUAAGAUGAGCAAGAGUAGUGCUACUACCACACCGUGCUGCAGCAAAGUUGGGAUCAAGAAAGGACCAUGGAGUGCCGAGGAAGACGAGAUCCUGUCCAAAUUUGUCCAGAAGGAAGGGGAGGGGCGGUGGCGUACGCUCCCCAAGCGGGCCGGGCUGCAGCGCUGCGGCAAGAGUUGCCGCCUCCGCUGGAUGAACUAUCUCCGCCCCUCCGUGAAGCGAGGCCAGAUCGCUCCUGACGAGGAGGAUCUCAUCCUCCGCCUUCACCGUCUCUUGGGCAACAGGUGGGCUUUGAUAGCUGGCAGAUUACCUGGGAGGACUGAUAACGAGAUCAAGAAUUACUGGAAUACCCAUCUAAGCAAGAAGCUCAUAAAGCGAGGCAUAGAUCCAAGAACCCAUAAGCCAUUAAUCACCACCAAUUAUUCUACUCAUGUUACUACUUCAAAUGGAGGUGUUUUUCAUCAUCAUGAUCAACAUUCAAAUGUAACCUCUUCAAUCAUAAUGCCGCUGCAGCAACAACCUACGAUGACUGUGAAUCCUGCGUCAGAAAUUGGUAAUGUCAACAACAGCAAAUUUGAUUAUGCUCCAAUAAUUAGUGCUGGUGGGAACAUUAUGGAAGAGAAUAAUAAUAACAAUAAUGUUGUUGUUGAUUAUCAUCAUCAUGGCGGAAAUAAUGGGAAUAAUAAUAAUGAUGUUGAGGAGGAAGAUACAUUGUUGGUUUUUCUGAAUUCUUUAUUUGAUGGUGGUAACAAUGAAGUGAUGAAUAACAAUAAUAAUAAUAAUGAUAAUAGUGGAACAGACGAAUUAGCGGCGUUUCAGCAUCAUCAUGAUGAUCAGGAUGAUGUUACAAUGUUCCCUCCACCGCUUUCAACAUCUUUUCGUCUUGAAGAUUGGGAAGCUGAAUUCAGCAAUGCACUUAUAAAUCAACAAGAUGGUUCAUCAUCAUCAUCACCUCCUAAUAAGUAACGCUAGCUGGCGCACCUUUUAUGUACACCAUGUAAGGGAUAUAUCUCUAUAUAUAUUUAUAUGCUUGUAUGUAUUGUACAAUUAUUAUUCUUAUUAUAUAUAUGUGUGUUAUUCGGUAUGAUAUUGAUGGAGUGAUGUAUAUCUAUGGUUAGUGGUAGUGAAGCAUUGCAUUUGUGCAUGUGUGAUUGAAUUUAUGUAUUGCUUAAUCAACCAUUAUUGCAUCUUAUUGUAUAUUUUCAUUUCAAUGAAAAGUAAAAUCAUCAGUGGGCUAUUACUUCAAUUGUUAUUGAAUUUACAAUAUAUAGAUUUCACAUGUCUAAUAUUGUUGAUUUAUUAGAGCUUCUAAGCUAUAACUUUUAAUUUCCUUCUAUGUUCUUUCAGUUUCUUGAUGUACAUUUAAUAGACUUUCUUAAUUACAUAGCUUCUCUUUUGUUUUUUCUUGGAGUUUAUUAAGCCAUAAUAAAUAACAUAAAAAUAUUGAAUAAUGUUAGAAAAUCAAUACUAUAUUAGUCAAUUUUAACUAAUACAUAACAUGUUGUUAAACAAAUUUAUUGUGAAACCCACUAAAAAUAUUCUUUUAUUGAGUUUAAAUUUUGGAUGUCUUUUUUAAUUGAAAAUUUAGAUUUUUUAUUUUCAAGAGUUUUAAAUAUUUUUAUUCGUUGUGCUAAAUUUUGACUGUAUUUUUUAUUUAAUUAAUCUCCACGUUGUAUUUGUUUCCUGUGGUAAUACGGUCUAGGCCUCUAGGGCAAUGCUAUUUUUUUGGCUCCCUUUUACACAACUUUGAUUUAUCAGUUGGCUCCCUAUGCUUACUUAAUUGCUAUUUAAUAUUUAUAGUUUAAUCAGUUUAUGAUUUCUUUAUUUUUCUAAAACCAGUUUAAAAUAUACGUCUUUACAGAGAUAAGGAAUUCAUUAGCAUAAUGUUAAGAGAAAAUACAUGCAAAUUGAUUUAACUAUCACAUACAUCCACUGGGCAAGCUUAAUUUUCUAGUUAGGUCUUAACUUUGGAGUGAUAUGAAGUGAUGAUAAUUUGCAUGUUAUAUAAGAUAUAUACAAUAAUAUACAGUUGGUAUUUUAAUUUAUAUCAAACGAUAAUGGACUUUUGCACAUAAUUUUCCCAUUCCCAUAUGACUUAAAUAUUAAAAUUAUCUACUAUUUUUGCCGGUAGCAGUAGUUGUUGG